AUGUGGGUGGCACAUUUGCCAACGCCACAGGCGGCAGUGCAGAUGAAGCAGAAGGUUCACCAGGCGGUGAAGUUCGGGCAGCCUUUGAAGGACGAUCGUCAAGGUCGGGAGCACCAUCCCGAGAAAGCGGCCCAGCAGGGCUCGCAGGAGGCACAGGCGUCGAAGCAUUUGACUGGCUUGAGUCAGAAUCACUCGACAGACUGUCAUCGUCGGCAGUGGGAGGCGCACCCCGCCAGGAUCAACGGCACCAACACCACCUUCAAUCGGUUCACUCUCAAGCAGCUCGGAGUAAGGCACAGCCGGCUCGGCUUGAGGAGGCGCUUGUUCGAUCACAACUCCAUCGCGGGGUAUCGCGGGCUUGCGGCCCUGAACCUUAGACCUUCCGGUGGCACCAGUGAGAAAGGCUGGAGCCUUGAUGAAGCCUUGUACGAGGUCACCAGCAUACGCAGCAGUGACCUUGCCAACCUGCUGCAGCCUAGGAGGAAAGAAACCUUUGCCUUGCCAAAUUGCAAGUUCGAGUGCGGCAAGAUGCCGGCGCAGCCGCUGGAGCCUCCCCACAGCACUCCCACGCUGGUUCCCACGGACGCGCAGCCUGACGCAGGACUGGCCGCUCUGGAAGCAGCCGCCCCUCUCGCGCUUAACCAGGACGUCGAGCUCACGGCCAUCAUGACAGCCUGGCUUCACUGGGCUUCGGAGCGGGAUCUGCCCAAACGAAUCUUCGCCCACCUCUCGCAGAGCAAACCGGAUCAUCCGAUCCCGGAAGAAGACCAACUCCAGCUAAUCCGCAUAGCGUGCGAUGUCAUGGAGUGGGACUACGACUCCAUGACCCAAGCAGCCGACGGACAGCCUUUCCGCCUGAACCUGCUGCAAGCCUUCCUCGAGGACCCCGACAAAGACCUUCCAGCCCAUCUCCGGGUCGGCGUCCACACGGGAGUGUUCGACGAAAUCCAGCCCUCGGGGCUUUGGCCCCUUGCCAAAAUCCAGCCCCUUAGCUCUUCGGGACUCGAAGUCUGUGAGGGCAAUUGGAAGCCUGCCAACGCCGACCCAGACACAGUCCGUAGCCUUCUCGCAGACGAGGAAGCGGAGGGCUAG